UUGAUGACUCAUAGAUGGAGAGAAAUGUUAGUGUCUAGGCCAAACUAGCACAACAUUAUCUCCCAGCUCCAAGUUCCUAAAAAACCUAAGGCCUAUAUUAGAUGCAAAUUAACAGGGGAGAGAGAGUGAGGUUGAAAUGGUGUUGGACCAAUUCAAAGCGAGUCCAACCGUUAAUCCAAAGUUAUUGUUAGUCCAACCGUUAAUUAUUUUUCAACUUCUAAAAAAAGCCACCAAAACAGAAAGCUUCCAAAAGCCAAAAUCUUUGUCCACAAACAUUGCCUCUGUCUUGGGGACUCACAGCCUAUCUAGGUUGUCACCUCCUUCCCUCCACUUAUAAUCCAAACAAAACACGAACCACCCCUUUGAAGGGAAAAAAAAAAAAAAAACACCCAAAAAAAAGUAAAAAAGUAAAAAAAAAAAAAAAAAAAAAAAAAACCAAUUACAAUUAGUUUUAGACCCCUUUUUCAAGUACAUUUGCCAACUCUUUUGUGCUCGAACCUCCUCCUCGCCCAGGAGGGAUGGAGAUAGAAAAAAAACCAACCAAACAAAACCCAAACCUUUUUCUAUCCUCCUUGCCAUCACCAUUUUCGACACCGAUGGCUCUCCUCCUGGUCCUUCUCUUCUCCCUCCUUGUCUCCCCUGCCUUAGUCCUUUCUGCCUCCUCACCACCCUUUACUCCCCAAGACAACUUCCUCAUCGACUGUGGCGCCACCAACAAGGCCACCCUACCUGAUGGGAGAACCUUCAAAAUUGAAUCAGAAUCCACGCAGCAGUUGAAGGCAAACGAUGACAACAAGGUCUCUGUUGACAAGGCAGAUGUGCCUUCCCCCCUGUAUUUGACUGCCAGGAUUUUCAAGAGUGAUGCCACUUACACUUUCCACAUGGCAAGGCCAGGAUGGCAUUGGAUUCGCCUUCAUUUAUACCCGCUGAGCAACUCGGUGUUCGAUCUUCAGAAGGCUACGUUCAAUGUCAUGACAGAGAAGUAUACUUUGCUGCAUAGCUUCAAUGUCAACGAGAACAAGAACAACAACACCAAAAACCAAAUUUUUAUGAAGGAGUACCUUCUAAACAUAACAGAGCAGCAAUUCUUUAUCAAGUUCUCUCCCAUGAAGAACUCUGCGGCGUUCAUCAAUGCGAUUGAGGUGGUUUCAGCUCCUGAUAAUUUGAUCACCGACACAGCCAACAACCUUCAGCCGGCGAGCCAGUUUCAGGGGCUAUCCAAAUUCGGUUAUGAAACUAUGUAUAGGCUUAACAUGGGAGGACCUCUUGUCACGUCCACGAAUGACACAUUAGGACGUACUUGGUUGCCUGAUGAUGCAUACAUUAAGUCAAAAAACAUGGCCAAGGCUACAUCUGUUGGGACUAGUACGAUCAAAUACCCUGAUGGGCUAACCCCCCAAAUUGCGCCACCAACUAUUUAUGCAACAGUCGUGCAAAUGGCUGAUGCUGUUGUGAGCAAUCAAAAUUUCAACAUAACGUGGAAUUUCCAGGCGGAAAACGCAUUCGCGUACCUAAUUCGGUUACAUUUCUGUGACAUUGUAAGCAAGUCACUUGGUAACCUCUACUUCAAUGUGUACAUUAACGGGAACAUGGCGAUAAGCGAUUUGGAUUUGUCACACACUGUCAAUGGUUUGGCAAUUCCGUACUACAAGGACAUCGUUGUAAAUGCUUCCUUGGUAUCCAACGGAUUAUCAGUCCAGAUUGGUCCUUCAAGAAUGGACAAUGGUGCACCAAAUGCCAUUUUGAACGGUCUGGAGGUGAUGAAACUAAGCAAUUCCGUGGACAGUUUGGAUGGAGAAUUCGGGGUUGAUGGAAAGAAAAUGGAAACAGGCGGUGGCGGGCCUCACAGAGGUGCAGUGGCUGCAGUCGGGUUUGGUUUGAUGUUUGGGGCCUUUGUGGGGCUCGGAGCAAUGGUUUACAAAUGGCGAAAGAGACCUCAAGAUUGGCAAAAAAGAAACAGCUUCUCUUCUUGGUUACUUCCUGUCCACGCCGGAGAUACUAGCUUCAUGUCUAGCAAGACCUCAAUGGGGUCUCACAAGAGCAACAUGUACAACUCCACCUUAGGCCUUGGCCGCUACUUCACUUUCCAGGAGUUGCAAGAAGCCACCAAUAACUUUGACUCAAGUAAGAUCAUUGGUGUUGGUGGAUUUGGCAAUGUGUAUCUUGGCGUAAUUGAUGAUGGCACUAGUGUAGCUGUUAAGCGAGGAAACCCCCAAUCUGAACAAGGCAUUACAGAGUUCCAAACAGAGAUCCAGAUGCUGUCCAAGCUAAGGCAUAGGCAUUUGGUGUCACUGAUUGGCUACUGUGACGAAAACUCAGAGAUGAUCUUAGUUUAUGAGUACAUGUCCAAUGGACCUUUCCGCGAUCAUCUCUAUGGAAAGAACUUACCACCACUAUCAUGGAAACAAAGACUAGAAAUCUGUAUUGGGUCAGCUCGUGGGCUUCACUACCUUCACACAGGGACAUCACAAGGCAUCAUUCACCGUGACGUUAAGACAACCAACAUUUUGCUUGAUGAUCAAUUUACUGCCAAGGUGGCUGACUUCGGUCUUUCUAAGGACGCGCCUAUGGGACAGAACCACGUCAGCACCGCCGUGAAGGGAAGCUUUGGGUACUUAGACCCCGAAUACUUCAGGAGGCAGCAAUUAACAGACAAGUCAGAUGUGUACUCGUUCGGCGUUGUUUUACUUGAAGCACUGUGUGCAAGGCCUGCUAUCAACCCAGCACUUCCAAGGGAGCAAGUGAACUUGGCUGACUGGGGAAUGCAGUGGAAGAGGAAGGGCCUGCUCGAAAAGAUCAUUGAUCCUCUCCUCGCUGAAUCCAUUAACCCAGAAUCAAUGAAGAAGUUUGCCGAGGCUGCAGAGAAAUGUUUGGCAGAACAUGGUGUGGACAGGCCUACAAUGGGAGACGUGUUGUGGAACUUGGAGUAUGCUCUGCAACUUCAAGAGGCAUUCACUCAAGGAAAGGCUGAGGAUGAAAGUAGCAACGCUGUGCCACUUUCCACCGAGGCUGCUGCCGUGGUUCCUCCUCCUACUGCCCCCACUUCCGCUAGCCGCCCGGCUACUAUUCCGGAAGGCGACGAGGGUUCGGUUGAUGCUCACCCCAUUAAUGACCAAUCAGGAACUGAAGUGUUUGCUCAAUUCUCCAAUCUAAAUGGUAGGUAAGUUCAGAAAAUUUGGUUCACCAAAUGAAAGAUGAUGAUCUAGUACUAUUUGUAGCCAUGGUGGCCUAAUAAUUUGAUCCUUCCUCUUGUUCUCUCUCUAAUCGUUUUGGGGUAUUGGGGUUUCAAGAUCAUAACAAAACUCUAAACUUUUAUUCAAUAUGAUGAUGUACUGGUUGAGGAAAUUAUAUACAUAUUUUAGUGUAAUAUUUUGUAAU